CUUCUACUGCUGUGAUUGCCACUUUGCAUGACAUUCGGUGUGUGAUCAUGGAGGUGGCCAAUUCAGUCAACGAAAAGCUCAUGUCCGGCGCUGAGAAGAACAGACGAAGAGGAAUACUUUCAGAAACACAAACUGGAAGCCGAACUCUGGAUGACCAUCUGCGACAUAUCAGAAGUGCCAACUGGACUUCGACAUCCCUUGGAGCGCUGGAAUCAUGGCCUCAGGAUCUAAUACAACUCUGCCAUGUCUGCCUGCUCGAUUCACAGCCGCGUCUUCUUGUUAUCGGAUCCGAGCGUGCCAUGUUCUACAACGAAGCAUAUUCAGAGAUAUGCGGAGAUAGACAUCCUAGUGCACUAGGUCAGCCUCUCGCUGAUGUUUGGGACGACCUGGCACUGGAAUCUGUUCUCACGCCUUUGAAAAAUGCGGAAGCUACAGGACGACGAGUUGAGAUCAAAAAUAGGGCUCUUGUGUACGAGCGGAACGGCUUUGUUGAAUUAGUCUAUUUAUCAUGGACGAUCAUACCGCUAUUCGGAUCCACUCCCGGUAUCCAAAUAACACUGGUAGAUGUUACAGAGACGCUGUUAGCUGAGAAGAGGCGAGAUGCACUACGAGCACUCAGCACUGCUUGGAAUGUUGUCAAAGACCCUCAUGAGUUCUGGCAAAGCAUUCCGACUAGUCUAGCUUUGGAUCCCUUCCUCUUCCCUUUUGCUUUCCUAUACGUCGCGGACCCGGAAGUGGAACCAAGGAGUUCUAUUGACAUAUCUUCCGUACCGACACACAAGAUGCGAUUUAGAUUGAAGGGGGCUAUCGGAGAUCUUGAAAUCACCUCCACCUUGCCGAGCGAGCUGGAUUCGGAUCACUUCACCAUCUUCUCAAGUUUGAGGGACUCGAUACUUAUCAAACCUGAUGAGACUCCCACGCCAUUUCGGUCAUCGUCUAUGCGAAACUGCAUUCUAUGCCCAAUACGGUCGAACAGAUCGCCGAAGGUUAUUGCGUAUCUGUAUCUUGGAAAAGAUGCAAAUCGACCUUUCAACGACAACUACCGCGAAUGGGUCAACGAAUUCACCAGAUGCUUGGGCAAUGCCGCGACAAGCGUUCUCCUUGCCGAUGAAGAGAAGCGCAAGCAACAGUAUCGAGCAGCACAGGCAGCUAGGGAACAACACCUAUUGGCUACCGCACUGGCAAACCGAGACAGAGAAGCGGUAGCCGUGACUGGGCAAUUCCAACGUACGCUCAAAGUUGUCGAUAUGGCUGGUGUUGGCAUCUUCGAAUACGACAUGGAAGGCCGCUUGAUUUAUGGCAAUGAUGCUUUCUGCGCCAUGUCUCACUGUCGACCUGAAAACAUGCAUGGAGACAAAUUGGCUUUUUUGGACUUGACAUAUCCAGAGGAUGCCGAGUAUCUCCUGACGAAAUGGAAGUGUGCAGCUGCCGGCAAGUCUGUUACCUUCGAAAUGAGAUACAAGACUCCCGAUGGUCAGGGUAUCUGGGUUCAAGCUGCUGUGGUCCCAGUGCUCGAGAACGGUGUUGUCACCAGUGUUUCUGGCUGCACCACGGAUAUACACGACACCAAGAUGAGAGAGACAGAAUCUGUACAACGGUUGCAAGCGCUGGAAAGAGCCAAAGCUUGGGAGCAAAAAUUUGCCAAUUUUGCAGGAAUGGCACCGAUCGCUAUUUACUUUGGAACGGAAAGUCAAAGACUCUCCUAUUGUAAUCGCGCGUGGUACGAGAUGACAGGUCAUACAGUCGUACCCUUCGAUCAGAUCGACUGGGUAAGCAUAGUUCAUGAAGAAGACGUCGGACUUGUGCGAAACCGCUGGCAGCAAGUGUUCGACACCGCAAAGACAGUAAGCGCACAAUUUAGACUUCGGAAAAAAUGGGCGGACCGAAACGGAGUGACGAUGGGUCCUGUGUGGGUCACUGCAUCUGCACUUCCUGAGUACAAGGAAGAUGGGUCAGUUAAAGGCAUCAUCGGAACCAUGCUUGACAUCUCAGCAUUGAAGUUUGCCGAGACUGUACAGCAGAUGAAAGUGCAGGAAGCCAUGGAAGCCAAACGGCAGUCAUCUAACUUUAUAGACAUGGUCUCGCAGUAUAUCAGGAACCCUUUGGGAGCAGUCUUCCACUGUUCGGACGCUGCCCAAGAAACUUUGUCGGAAAUGACAGCCCUCGCCGACCGGCUGGGCGAAACCAAACAGUCCCGGAUCGGCGAGCAGCUGCACGAAUUGAUCACCAGUGCAAUCGAUUCGACCAGCACCAUAAUAUCCUGCUCACAACAUCAAAAGAGAAUUGUGGACGAUAUCCUUGUGCUUUCAAAACUCGACUCGAACCUUCUUCAGAUUAUACCCACAGCUGUAAAAGUGUCAACAAUGCUCCAUGACGUUGAGAAGAUGUUCGAGGCUGAAGCAGAAAGAGGUGAAGUGCAGUUGAUCGCGGAAGCCCACGAGUCGCUCAAACAAUUGGACGUGACUUGGGCAAUGCUUGAUCCAGGCCGAGUGCAACAAGUGUUGAUUAACCUUCUAACUAACGCGAUCAAGUUUUGCAAAAAGAAGGAGCAAAGAAAGGUUACCAUACGAGUUGGUGCGUCGAGAAUACGGCCCUCGGAAAAUGUACUACCAAACAUUGACUUCGUGGUUGCUCACUCGUUACACGAUGGUCUUUACGAUGAUCCACAGUUCGAGCCACAUAGCUUCUACCUCUGGUUCAGUGUCGAAGAUACCGGAUGUGGUAUGAGUGUUGAUGAGAAAAGCCGCAUCUUUGCCAGGUUUACACAAGGCUCGCCGCGGACAGAGAAAGAGUAUGGUGGAUCUGGUCUAGGUCUCUUCAUCUCCCGCGAGCUCUCGGAGCUUCAGGGAGGAGAGAUCGGCGUGGCCUCUGAGCCAGGUGUUGGCAGCACGUUUGCCUUCUUCAUUAAGACACGUCACACGGACGACCCAGCCAUUGCUACUUCUCACAACCUGCCCAUUCAUCUCAAACAAGACAUAAAGACGAAGAGAGAAGACAUCAACAUCCUCGUUGUCGAAGACAAUGCAGUGAAUCAGAAGCUCCUCCUUCAACAACUCACAAAACACGGCUUCAGCGUAACAACAGCCGACAAUGGUCUCGAGGCCCUCUCCCACCUCCGCAAGACGAAAUUCUGGCGGUCCAACCCUGCCUCCUCACCUUCUCUUUCCGUCAUUCUCAUGGACAUAGAAAUGCCUUUAAUGGAUGGGUUGCAAGCUACACGGGAGAUCAGACAGUAUGAGAGGGACGGAAAGUUGACUGGUCAUAUCCCAAUCAUUGCGGUAUCAGCGAAUGCGAGACAGGAGCAGAGGGAGAUGGCCAUGGAGAGUGGGAUGGAUGACAGUAUUAGUAAGCCAUUCAGAAUAGUGGAUUUGGUGCCAAAGAUUGAAAGGUUGGCUGGUUGGACGUGAGGCUAUCAUAAACAGCGAGAAGGUAAAGCUAUGCAUUGGGUGGCAAGGAGUUGGUGGCUACACGGGUUCAUAAGCAUUGGGUGGUGCAUCAUGGUUGGGGGUUUGCAUGGUCAGCAGGAGAUCUGGUCUACUCAUCUAAUGUAUAUAGCAUAUCAUAUUCACGCCUUUAAGUCACUCGAUACACGA